GUCAUCAAAGAAAAAUCGCAUUUGAAUGAGACAGGAACAAAAGAGAAGAAGCCACCAGAUUCAACAGAAGAGGCCAUCCAGAAGACCCAGUCCUGCUCUCCAGAAGAAGAAGUUGAUAAGCUCAACAAGGAAAAUGCUGAGAGGGAAAGUUCUGUUUUGCUUCAAAUGGAUCCUCCCAAAUUUCAUACUGGAGGGCCAGAGGAGAAAGGAGAAAGUUUGGCUUUUGAAAGCUAUUACAAAUACAGGAGAAGCUCUGUUCAGAAAUUCUUCAAUACUGAAAAGCAGCAAAAAGAAGAUGCUGUUGAUGAUACUUGUCAAAGGAUAACUGGGCAGCAGAUGGAGAAUGAGUCCCCAGCAGAUGGGGAGAAGAAGGAGGAAUAUCAGGUGUCUGGAGGUGCAAGACAAGAAGAGAGGAAGAAUGAAGGGGAGGGAAAUGUUGAUAAGAGUGAAAAAGCUGGUAAGAGUGAAAAAGAAGUUGAGGAACCACCAGCUCCUUCCCAAAAUGAAGAUGAGGCAGGACAAAGCCAUGAUGAAGAGGCACCAGAGGGAAGGUGUAAAGGCUGCGAAAAAGAUGGUAGUCCUACCCCACCAGCACCAUUUGAUCACCGGAUUGUUUCAGCCAAAAGGGUGGGGAUCAGCAGUUAUUAUAACGUCAGUGAGAAUGAAAUCCUGGGAGGAGGGCGAUUUGGUCAAGUGCACAAAUGUGAAGAGAAAGCAACAGGUCUCAAACUAGCAGCCAAAAUUAUAAAAGCGAAAGGUCCUAAACAGAAGGAUGAAGUAAAGAAUGAAAUCAAUGUCAUGAACCAGCUGAAUCAUGUGAACCUCAUCCAGCUAUAUGAUGCCUUUGAAUCAAAAAAUGACAUUGUCCUAGUCAUGGAAUAUGUGGAAGGAGGAGAGUUAUUUGACCGAAUUAUUGAUGAAAACUGCAAUUUGACAGAGAUGGAUACUAUCUUGUUCAUAAAACAGAUCUGCGAGGGAAUUCAGUACAUGCACCAAAUGUACAUUCUUCAUUUGGAUCUCAAGCCUGAGAAUAUCCUCUGUGUGAACCGAGCAGCAAAUCAAAUAAAAAUUAUUGAUUUUGGAUUGGCAAGAAGAUAUAAACCCAGGGAAAAACUUCGAGUUAACUUUGGGACUCCAGAAUUUCUUGCUCCUGAAGUUGUGAAUUAUGAGUUUGUCUCCUUUCCUACAGACAUGUGGAGUGUAGGAGUCAUUGCUUAUAUGCUCCUCAGUGGAUUGUCUCCUUUUUUGGGUGAUGAUGACAAUGAGACCCUCAACAAUAUCCUGUCCUGUAGCUGGGAUUUUGAAGAUGUGGAAUUUCAAGGUGUUUCUGAUCAGGCCAAAGAUUUCAUCUCAAAACUACUCAUCAAGGAAAAAUGCUGGAGAAUAAGUGCAACUGCUGCCUUAAAACACCCAUGGUUAUCAGACCACAAGCUCCACUGCAGACUCCAGAAGAAGGCUAAAGGUGUGUCCCAAGCACCCCCGGCUCAACAAUCUCUCUGA